UAGAACUUAAAAAAAAAAAUGCAUGAAAUUUUUUUACAUAAUUUCCUUUCUUUUCUUAAACACCUUGUCCAUCUGUCAACAAGCUUUCAUAUUCCGUCGUAAAAAAAUGUUCACGGCUGAGCAUCAAGCCAUAAAUGCACCGCUGUCUUUACUUCUUCAUCAGAAGUGAAUCUUUGUCCUCGUAGUGCUGCUUUCAGGAGACCAAACCAAGGCGUGAAAGUUCGUUGAAGCAAGAUCAGGACUAUAGGAAGGACGCUUUAACGCCUCAAAAUCAAGUUUUUGCAGAGCGUCGACAGCGUGUGCAAACAUGUGCGGGCGUGCAAGAUCUUAAAGCAGUCCUUUUUGCGUUUGAUCCGUCUUCAGCUCUUCAAUAAGCGUCUCACUGUAACGAGCGCUGUUGAUCGCCGAACCUUUUUCCUGAUAAUGUUCCAAUACUUCUGGCCCUUGAGAGUCCCAGAAAAGUGUAAACAUCAGUUUUCCAGCUUUUCUGCAAAAAGAAAACAAAUCAGCAUUCAGCUGUGCUGUAGUGUAACAGGGUGUGUCUUUCAGAUGCGUAACAGACAGCGAGGAGUCGGUCUUGGCCUGAUCCUUCUGGCGUCUCAGGUCUUCCAGAUCGGUAUCGACAACAUCCCUCCUGCUACGCUCGCCGCGCUCGGCCUCAACGUCUACCUCUUCCUGUUUCCUUUCAAGCCUUUGUUACAGACAUGUGUAAGCGUCCAGAAUGCGUACUGGCAUGGGGACUGGCAUCGUCUCCUGCUCUGCCCUUUUCACCACGUAGACGACUUGCACCUCUACUUCAACAUGGCCUCCUUGAUCUGGAAAGGCAUCAACUUGGAGCGCAGACUCGGCACCGCCUGGUUCGCCUACGUCCUGUCCGUCUUCUCGCUGCUGACCGGAUUGGUCUAUCUGCUCCUGGAGGCGGGGCUAACGGAGAUCACGGGCGAUUACUCCUUUAGCAUGCAGUGCGCCGUGGGGUUUUCCGGUGUACUCUUCGGGCUGAAAGUCCUGAACAAUUAUUAUAACCCUGGGACGGUUAAAUACAUCAUAGGGAUUCCUGUUGCCAACCGCUAUGCCUGCUGGGUCGAGCUAAUCCUCAUUCACAUUAUGAACCCUGGGACUUCGUUUGUCGGGCACCUGUCUGGUAUUUUGGUCGGGCUUCUAUACACUACAGGUCCUCUCAGAGCGCUUAUGGAAACAUGUUCAGGUUUAGUAAGUGGUCACGGAAACUACGGCAGGCCUCGGACAUACUACAACUCUUCAGGUUAUAGUGGAUACAGAAUGCCCUACACCCCGAACACAUCUCCCUACCCUGAGCAGGGUAACUAUAGCCGAGCCCAGCCGUCUGCACCUCCUCAGCACCCUUACACGGCCGGUCUAUCGGAGCAGGAGCAGUACGAGGCAGCCAUUAGGGCCAGCCUGCAAGACAGAGGACGGCCAGCUCCCAGCCGACCACCAUACGGGUCCAGGGCCAGUUACGAGCCCAGCAUGGAGGAAAUGCGCCGGCGCCGACUUCAGCGUUUUGACACGUUGGAUUGAAAGAGGAUAGGCAUUUUAAAGCUUUUAACCUUUAAAGACGAAUGUUUACAACAACCUUUCGAAAGGUUCUCUCAGGAUCGAUAAUGUGGCACAGAUGGACGCUGAAAAUCCUGUAUACAAUGUUAGAAUACUACAGAAAUAAGAUCAUGUUGCAAUGUAUUACUGAUUAUAUUCUUUUAUAAUCUGCAAUUUAUUUACCUGCUAAUAACUUGGACUCCUUUUAUAAUUUGUUUAUAUUCAUUUAUAUUGGCUAAUGAGGAAUUCAGUUGUGAUCAAAUAAAACGUUGCAUUUU